GAAUUACACUCUGAAAUUUGACCAUGUAUUGUCCCCCCCUACAAUGAAAUGGGAUCUCCGCCCCUGCAUCUGAGUAAGGAUUUUUAUAGACGUUCUCUUUAAUUUUUAUUUACUUCUGAUUUUGUCAUUGCAAUAUUUUUGAAUAAAUGAAUGAUAAUUUACUUCUGUGUGUAUUUGUUUUACAAUGUAUUUCUCGUUUCUUUUCCUACAAGUUACAAAAUGGAAACACCAGUGAUCUAACAAAUUGUGGUGGUUUGACAUUUUUACUGGCAGGUUAGAGAACUCUCCUGAUCCUUGCACGAGAGGCAAAUAUGUAACUGCUCGGAGAAGAGUUUGGUCAGUUAAACUGAGGGGACCAAGUUCAAAGCCACCGGUGUGGAUGUUGCUUCAUCUGACUGAUGUUUCUGGCCAUUGUCAUUGUACUAAUUUAGUUCACCAUCCUGCUCCUCCUUAAAUCUAUCCCAGCUCCAAGAACAUGUCAUUAAAGUCAGUUGAAUUGUAAUGCUCUUUACUUGCAAAAGUUCAUUCACUUAUGCAGAACAGGGACAGGCAUGCUCCAGGAAAAGAAUUUAGAACCCCAUUUUGUGCUUUUACUUUACUGACAAGCUAAUCUCUUUCUGGGUGACUAUUAAUCUGAGGAGGAGUGGAUGAACAAGGAAAUGUCUUUUUGGUUGAAUUAUCCUGUUAAGCUCUCUGGGACAGUGCAAGACUCAGUGCUAAGAAAAUCCUUAAAUUAUCAUUAGUGAGUAAUGUCCCUUCCUUUUGGGUUUUAGAGUCACAAGGGACAAAUGUAAUGUCCAUAUAAUGUUCAAAUGAUCAUGACAUUUGUGUGAAGAGAAUACAUUGAAUAGUUGAGUUUUUCUGGUAAUCUGUCUGGUGCUUAGUAUACUCAUGUUCAUGUCUGUCCCCCUGAUUUAGCUCCAGGUUCUCCGUUCCACUUUGCCGCAGGACCCCUCCGUCAGCGGUAUCCACUUCAAGGUGGUGGAGGUGGAGGUGGUGGUGGUGAGCAGCCUGGCCGAACCAUCUAGCCCUCUGAAGCAGCCCAGUCAGCUGGAGGAGCCCCCCAGCAGAGCAGAAGGGAUAGGUCAGACUGAAGAGCCCAUGCCAGGGUCGCAAGAAGAAGAAGAAGACAAAGAGGCAGCAGGAGGAGACGUGGAAGAAGAGGAAAGAUCCAGUAGGGAAGGACAGGAAGCUGCAGCGAUGGAGGUGCUGGUGCAGUGGCUGAAGGCCCGCCAGCCCGUCAUCCUGCUUGACUCGCUGCGCCUGUCUCCCUUCCUGCUCCGACACCACGGCAUCGCGUCCUCGGCUCCAGCCCCUGGGCCUCGGCGCCAACCGCUGGACCAAGAGGGACGUGGCCCAGUGGGAGCGGAACCAGGGACAGCAGACCUCGGCCCGCUCCCGACACGCACACGACUCGCUGGACUUAGGCAGGUCAGCUGUGGCCAAACACGGCAAGGAGCCCAUGUCCAGCUGGCUGGCACUGCCUAUCACGCCAGCGCGUGCGGAGCAGCUGAACAUCUCCUCCAUCCUGGCCGGCUUCUCCCCAGACACCUCCCUCAGCACACACAUGUGGAGCCGGCUCAAAGCGGCCCUCUCUGUCCACAAGAAGAAAACCGCAUUCAUUACUCCCCGGCGUCUUGCCCUGACCGGCAUUCAGUCUCCAGCAGUGCAGCGGUUGAAUGCCAGUCGGGAUAUUUUUGCCUCACCGUCCUGCACUUCUUUGCCUCACCUGGUCCAGAGCUCACCCAGCUCCUUUCUGAUUAUUCCAGCGGACGGCAAGCAGAAAGUCAAUGGAGAGGACCAGAAGAGUUUUGGAGAAAUCCUUCAUGAAAUGAUCAUCUCCAAGGAGCUGAGUAGCUUGGACCAGAAGGACAACAACAGAACAAACGGUUUCAUCAGCCUGAACAACCUGCGCUGUGUGCAGGGCACGUACCCUUCGCAGUUGCUGAAUGCCUGGGACAAGUUUGACAAGCAGCGGGGCUCAGAGAAUGACCGGCCAGAUUUCUUCGGCGAGGAGCAGUUCUUCCUGGUGCUGGAGUUUGAGUUUGGCGGGAGCGAUCUGGAGAACAUGAACGGCAAGCUGUCCUCUCUGGCUCAGAUGAAGAGCAUCCUACAGCAAGUGACAGCUGCAUUGGCCGUGGAUGAGCGGGCCUUGUGUUUUGAGCACAGGGACCUGCACUGGGGGAAUAUCCUGGUGAAGACCACGAAGCAGAAGGAAUGUAGCUGCAUUCUGAACGGCAAAUAGAGACCAGAGGGGUGCAGGUCAACAUCACUGACUACUCUCUGUCUCGUCUCGAGAUAGAUGGUUUAACAGUGUCCUGUAACAUCUCUGCUGAUAAAGAGCUGUUCAUGGGCCAGGGAGACUACCAGUUUGACAUCUACCACAAAAUGCGGGAAGAGAACGAUAAUGACUGGAGUGAGUACCACCCCCACACUAAUGUGCUGUGGUUGCACUACCUGACAGACAAGCUGCUGGGGAUGAAGUAUAAGAGCAGAGCUCAGGGAUCCCAGGCGAGGGCGCUCAAGAGCAUCCUGCGUGCUCUCCACGGGGACCUGCUGGCCGUCCAGUCGGCCACGGACGUGCUUCAGCACAGCAGCCUGUUCCACUGAGGGCACACGGAGCUGCCGGGCGCCUGAAACAUUUCGGAAGAAGACAGUCUGUGUUCUACAUACUCAGUUUCUCCAUGCUGCACUGCUGUUGGCAGGGUGCAUUUUACUGCAUCUCAGUAUAUGAACAUAAGUGGGUUUGCCAGGACUUACUGAAGCUGUACAGAUGUACUUUAUACUGACACUUACUGACAAUAAAUCCAUAUUAGUGAGAGCCAA